CCGACUUCUCGUGCCUGGCAUUCUUAGUUCCUGCUUGUUCGAGGACACUCCGGGCUCCAGAGCUUAUCCAAGCGGAUUUCUCCUUUUCACGUAUCGUUCGUAUCGCGCACGCAAUAUGACGAUGAAUACGAAGGAGAAGGAAAAGUACAUCGAGGAGUUCGAUUUCCCGUAUUGCGACGAAUCUUCCAAGUAUGAGAAGGUCGCGAAAAUCGGCCAGGGCACCUUCGGAGAGGUGUUCAAGGCUAAGGACAAGAAAACGAACAAGAAGUUUGUCGCAAUGAAGAAGGUAUUAAUGGACAAUGAGAAAGAAGGAUUUCCUAUUACGGCAUUGCGAGAGAUAAAGAUACUACAAUUGUUGAAACACGAGAAUGUAGUCAACCUCAUAGAAAUUUGCAGGACACGAGCAACUCAGUACAAUCGAUAUCGGUCUACUUUCUACCUGGUGUUCGACUUCUGCGAACACGACUUGGCUGGGUUGUUGUCAAACGUAAAUGUAAAAUUUAGUUUGGGCGAGAUAAAAAAAGUUAUGCAACAGUUACUAAAUGGACUUUAUUACAUACAUAGCAACAAGAUUUUACAUAGAGAUAUGAAAGCCGCUAACGUUUUAAUAACAAAGAACGGUGUAUUGAAGUUGGCUGAUUUUGGUUUGGCACGAGCAUUCAGUGCAAAAAACGGUCACUCAAAUCGUUACACCAAUAGAGUGGUCACACUUUGGUACCGACCACCAGAACUCCUACUUGGUGACAGGAAUUAUGGGCCACCUGUGGAUUUAUGGGGCGCUGGUUGUAUAAUGGCAGAAAUGUGGACAAGGUCUCCCAUAAUGCAGGGAAACACCGAGCAACAGCAGCUGAUAUUGAUCUCGCAAUUGUGUGGUUCGAUAACGACCGAGGUGUGGCCUGGCGUUGAAAGUCUGGAUCUUUUUACCAAAAUGGAUCUUCCGAAAGGGCAGAAGAGAAAGGUCAAAGAUAGACUGAAGCCAUAUCUGAAGGACCCUUACGCAUGUGACUUGUUGGACAGACUUCUGAUACUCGACCCCCUCAAAAGAUGCGAUUCUGAUUCCGCGUUAAACCAUGAUUUCUUCUGGACCGAUCCGAUGCCGUGCGAUCUUAGCAAGAUGCUGGCACAGCAUACUCAGAGCAUGUUCGAGUACCUGGCACCACCGAGGCGACCUGGUCAUAUGCGACAUCAUCCAGUGCCUGGAGGGCCAGCCAAGUCUAGCACUAGCAUGGCUGAAAGCGGCUAUCAGGAUCGUGUCUUCUAACGUGUUUAUCUCAAUAUAUGCACAGAUAUAUGUGUGUGCAUAUAUAUCUCAAUAUAUGCACAGAUACAUUGUACAUCACGUGUGCGUGUGUUUGUGUGUGGACACAACAUUGCGUGGACACCGUGGGUCUUUCAAGGCACCGUCGAUUUUUCAUUUGAUUCUUACAGGAAUGGGGAAGAAAUCUUAAAUAUGAUACAGGAAUUUUUAUAGAUUUUUUUUUGUAACACAAACGCUUAACCCUUUGAACUUAAAAACUCUUGGGACUUAAGAAAGUCCCAAGGUGUCUGGAUGAGUACCAAAAACACGGUGUCCGCGUAGUGUGAAUCUAUUUUGUACGUAUGUAGAGUAUUAUGUUUUAUAUAAUACUUAUAUGGCUGUUGUAUGAUAUGUAAUUCCAUCCUGACGUUACCAACUUUUUAUACAGUUCUGAUAGAAUUAUUUAGUUUAAAAAUC